GUUCAGCAGACAGCGCUCGAAGAGGGCUAGCGGCGCGAGCUGGUAUGUUUGAAAUGAGAAAUGAUGGCGGAUCGUGAGCAUAACAGAAGGGGUUCCUCCGACGACGGAGGGCCGCAGGAGGAGGGAGGCAGAGUGAAAACUAAGCCUGUCUCUUGUAGCACUGUGGGGGGAGCAGCGACCGCAGUCAAACGCACAUCCCAGCAUCUCUCAACUGAUGAUGAAGAGGAGACCUCAGCAGACCCACCGGCACCCUGCAAAAUCUCCAAAAUCGGCUUUAACAUGAGCAGUCAGUUGGGGAAGAAGAAUAACCCCAUAUCUAUCAAACUUGGAGCAACAAAACCCAAAGAGCCUACACCGUCACUUCCUCCUAAAAGACCUGGGUUGGCAUCUGUUUUUGAUGAUGAUGAUGAUAGUGAACCUGAAGAGAUGCCCCCAGAAGCAAAGAUGAGAAUGAAGAACAUUGGCAGGGAAACGCCAACGUCUGCAGGUCCCAAUUCUUUCAACAAGGGCAAGCAAGGAUUCUCUGAUCAUCAGAAACUUUGGGAGAGGAAGCUGAAGGCCCAAGCAGAUGACUUGUAAAUGACAACCAUACUAUACUGUUUUUGUCACUAAUAAUAAUUUUAUAUAGUAAACCAUGUCAGAAAUGUCAGAGAUUAGCCAUGGUUUUGACAGCUUCAGUGCUUUAAGCCAUGUAUGAUUUCUAAUUAUUGAAAACAUUUUUGUGUUCCAACCACUAAAAGCUGAUGCAAAGUUGAGAGACACUAGUGUUGAACCUCUGUGGUGAGUGAGCUAGCGGAGGGAUGUGGUAAACAAAUUAGCCAGAAUUCUUCUUAGCAAUCCAAACUCGGCUCCAGUGAAUUUCAGUAAAAGAUUAAAAAACUCAGCAAUUGCUGACUGGCUAAUAAGAACAUCUAGCAUCUUUGUGUGGCCACAUUGUUUCUGACAUCUUAUCUCAGACUGUGCUUAUGUGUAGCCCUGAGCAAACUUUCAGUUUUGCUUAUCUGAUAUUUCUGUACAUUUCUUUAGAAGUGUGGUGUUUUAUUUUUACAUGCACAUGUGGGCAUGUGUUUAAGCAUGGAAGAGUGUGUGAUGCAAAGCAAAUGGGUUAUAAUUGAAUAAUGUUUUUGUUUAAUGUACAAUUUGUUUUCACCAGCUGUGCCACCUUAUAGGCAGUUUUGGUUUAUGUUUUGUGUCAGUGUUUCUUAUUUUGAUAACUCAAUGUUAUCCCCUCUAUGUCACUGUGGCUGCGUGGUUAUUUUUAUGUUGUCAGUCAAAGGAUGUAUAGAAAGGUUUAGUUGUUUGACGACGAUAAUUAUAAUGCCAUGAUGUGUUCAGUAAUUCCUUGGUGGUUAAAGUUUAAUGAGAUCAGGUAACCUGGUCUUCAAAUAAAAAGCCCAUAUCCUUGUAGUUCAUCUAGGACAGAUAAAUGUGGCACCUCUGUCAGUUACUUUUGUCCCUAAAACUGUUUUGAUGGAAAGUCUUGAUCAAAUGUUAAACUUUGAAUUCCUCUGAGUUACUUAACUGUUACGCUCAGUCAACCAAAUUAAUUAUACCACUUCACUGACCAGUUUUAUCAACAAAACAUUUAAUAUCCAGUUAAAUAAAAGUUUUGGAUGAA